UCGGGAUGUUAAACUACAGUCUUCCAGAGUAUCUAUCUCCUCUAUAUCCCAAUUGAUCCGCAACCAUGGCGUCUGCACGGCCAGUCAUGCGUCUGGGCACCAGUCGCUCCCUGGCCUCUACUGCUAGACCCUCAUCCGCCCGAUUCUUCUCCGCAGGCGGCUCGUUGCGACGGACGAAGGUUGUAUCCACACCAACUCCAAACCUGCGAGAGGCACCUCGUCCUGCUGUUGGGGAGUUGAAUCGUCCCAUUGUCAACCCCGUAGAUAAAUACGCCGAGCAGUCCGCGGGUCUACACAAAUAUGGCCAAUACCUCAUGUCCUGCCUACCGAAAUAUAUUCAACAGUUCUCCGUCUGGAAAGACGAAUUGACCAUCUACGUCCCCCCGUCAGGCAUCAUACCCACUUUCGUUUUCCUCAAACAGCACACCGCGGCGGAAUAUACCCAGGUUGUUGACAUCACAGCGGUCGAUUUCCCGAGCCGCGACCAGCGCUUCGAGGUCGUAUACAAUCUUCUCAGCGUGCGUCACAAUUCGCGGAUACGUGUCAAAACGUACGCAGACGAAGCAACCCCGGUGCCCAGCAUUACCUGUCUAUAUGACGGAGCUUUGUGGUAUGAACGUGAGGUGUACGAUUUGUUCGGCGUGUUCUUUGUGGACCACCCUGAUCUCCGACGGAUUAUGACGGAUUAUGGAUUUGAUGGACAUCCGCUCAGAAAGGAUUUCCCACUGACGGGCUACACGGAAAUUCGAUAUUGUGAGGAGAAAAAGAGAAUUGUUGUUGAGCCAUUGGAGAUGACGCAGGCUUUCCGCGACUUCCGCGCUGGAUCUUCUGCCUGGGAACAGGUUGGAGAAGGUAUCGACAAGACACCAAGCGAAUUCAAAUUGCCCACCCCUCAGCCUGAAGAGAAGAAGGAGGAACCAAAAAAGUAGCACAGAUAUAGUGUAUAACAAUUUGUUUCCGUUUACGCUCGUGGAUUUACUAUUUCACCUUCCUAAAAACUCCAAUUUUCCUAGUAUCGAUCUCAUGUAUAUACUUCACUAAAUCAUGUCUUAGACUUGCUCACUAUAUUUCUGCAUAUCCAUAUGUCCGUCAAAACCAUACCGACAAGACUAAAAAAAAUUAAGGAAAGAGGGUGAUAAAACAACACAGUAGAGUGCCCGAACAAAAUCACCGAAAAAAUCCAACUCAGCUGCCCAGGACUUGAAACAAAACAUCUACCUCCUUUUCGUCUUACUCUCAGCCCCCUGCACCUUCUCCAGCCCAGUUCCCUGAAGCAGGACUUCGUCCCUCUCCCACAUUAACUCCACCACAGCCCCUGCCAUUCCAGACACAGCGCACAACAAACCCACCUUAACCGCCAGCCCGAUACAUCCUACAUUAACCUUGCGGGCCCUGUGCGCCGCCACAUACAGGUCGAUAGCCCAGAGGAGCAUCCCGACAACUCCCACUGCCUGGUCCCACUGCAGGAACCACAGCGCACCUUCGCCAAAGGAUUUUGCCUGGACGCCCGACCAGGGCAUGGCGUUCAGAAACACGCGCGCUGGGUGCAGGGCAGUUGCGACAUCCUGGUCGAAGAGGAUGGGGAAAAUGGCGGCGGCGAGGGACAGGGACCAGGCAGCGAUAUGUGGGACUGCAGUGAUUGUAAAGGCGAAGGCGUAGACACGACGGAGUGCGGAGCGGGUAUGUUUGGCGCCUUGGAAAUUGGGGACUGGAGAGCUGAAUAGGGCCGUAAUGCUGGUUAGUGUGGAGUGGAUGAGCCAGAGCCAGAUGGGCCAGGGUUGCCAGAAGGCGAUGCGCUCCUGGGUUGAUGGCAGGAAACUUGUGGUUGUUGUUUCGGGGAAGACCAUGGCAAGAGAUGGCAGGAGGUAGCCUAGGAUUACGCUGAGGGGAAUGAGGUUUACACCUGUGAGUGAGUGUGAUGGGAUGUCGAUGGUUUGGCGGGCUGACAGAGUCCUUGAUGUAAAGAGAUGAAGCGCUGCGUAGAUGGGCAAAACGACCCCGAAGGUAAAUAAUUGCAGGAGGACGCCAAUUAUCACAGGACUGUAAUAUCAUAACUUGAUUAGAAUAGGUUUUUAUAUGUCGCUGUAUCUUAUUUACUAACGAUACUCCAUGGAAAUCACAGAUUGUCUUAGGGUAUCAAACAAUGCAUCUCGACAUACUACAAAACAAGAAAUGACUUAUUCCCAGCCCGAAACGUUUCCAGCAGCACCAACGACCACAGGCUGCCGAUAGCACCAGAGAACUUCAACCCAUACAAAGUUGCGCUGGGCGAGCCGCCAUCAACCACCGGCCAGAAAAACGGUAUUAGAUUGGCAAACAGUUGGUCCAGCGCAUGGACGCCAGUGAUAUCUGUUCUCAGCCGCUCGUCUGUUUCAGGGAGGAUACCAUCAGCUAUGGCAUGCUGAAGCAUGGAAAUAAAGCCAUUCCGAUGCGCAAAUAUGAAAAUGGAAUAGACGGCGAAGAUGGAGAGGAGAGGGAGCAGGUAUCUGAUCGCUCCUGUACACAUUGCGAAGGAGGUAGUUCGACUGUAUUUACUCCUCAGGAACGUAUAUUGAUUAGGAUAUUUGCAUAAGUUUCUUGUUCAGGUUUGCGUUUCUGGGGGUUAUAAAAAUGCCAGCCGUCUUCACAUCAAUUGCACAUGCAGCUUAUCGCAGAUCUCGGGACCUUUUCUUUGUUUUUUUGCCUUCAGCCAGCCCAUUUCAUGUGAAUCAUUGUCAACUAAACAGUUAACUAACCCGCCAUUUGAACCCCGUAGAAUAUUUAUUGCUUGAACGUUGACAUCAACAUUAUUUAACAUUCGGAAAUAAUAAGAGUUCCUGAUAUACGUUAUUCUAGAUAAUGA